AUGGUGUCGGGGGUGCAGCCGUGCUUCCAGCUGCUCCGGAUCGGUGCGUCGACGGGCGACUCGGCUCGGGACCUGUACACGUUCAGGCCGGCCCUGAGCCACUCGCUGUUCCGGCUGGGCCGGGCGGCCGAGCUGUGUGAUGUCACGCUGGACUCCGCCUCCGUGUCCCGCAUCCACGCCGAGCUGCAUGCAGAGAGGGAGGCCAGCGGGGGGGCCGCGGCGCCGCAGGAGGAGGGCUGGAGGGUCCACAUCAAGGACAGGAGCAGUCAUGGCACCUGGGUCAACGAGGUCCGCCUCCAGUCGGGCGUCCAAUGGGAGCUCUCAGAUGGCGACACGCUGACCUUCGGUGGCCAGUCGGAUCCGGGCAGCCCUGAGUUCUACUUCCUCUUCCAGAAGGUCAAAGUUCGCCCGCUGGAUUUCGAUGCCAUCACAAUUCCGAAGGCAGGAACCUUUUCCUCCGACUUGCAGAACCGUAUCCGAACGAACCAGGACCGCAAGGUGGAGGCCAACCUGGACCUGUCCAAGCUGUCGCUCAACCGGGCCACGGUCAUCCUCAGCUCCAUCGGCAGCCUCAGUAAGAUGAGCGGCAGCGCCUGGACCUUCAAGAGAAGCUACAGCCAGGAGGGAGCUGUUUCAGACCCAGGCUCCUCCUCCUCCACACCUCCGCUCGCCGUUAGCUUCUCCGCUCUGCUCCCUCCCUCCACCCCUCCAUCGUUCUCCUCUGCAGCUUCAGUGCCUUCAACCAAGUCCGUCCAGCCGACCUCCAGGAGCAGGAGGAAGUCGGCUCACACGGUGCUGCUCGAGGACGACAGCUCCGACGAGCCCAGGAGCCGAGGAGUCCUGACGGGAGUUAAGGAGGAAGGACAGAAACCCAAAGGGAAGAAGAGGAGGCGGCUCUACAAGUCUGAGUCGGAAGGCUUCAGCUCUCCUCCUCCUCUGCCGCUGCAGCCCAAGAGCCACAACGACGUCAGGAGGCCCCUGGAGGCCAAGCCCUUCCCGGUCGGCAUCAGGACCAUCGGCAGUUUCCACGGCGCCAUGACGAACAGCCGACUCAACCACCACCUCCUUCAGGCGUCGUUCACCAACGCCGCGGUGCACAAACAGGACGUGCAGACCAUGCACCGCAUCAAGACGGUGGUGCAGGGCAACAUCGCCGCUUUCCGCCAACAGAAGACCGCCCACAGCUCGCCGACGGCGCUGAGGGGCCGGCGGAGGGCUCACAGCUCUCCAGUUUUCUCUCCCCUGGUGGUGGGAGGGGAGAACUACAGCCUGGCUUCGCCCUCAGUGAGGAUCCACACGGAGGAAAGAGGAAGGCCCCCGUUCAACAGGUUCCAUCUAACCAGCAAGCGACGAGGCCGCCCCAGAAAAAACCCUCUUCCUCCGCGGCCCUCCCUGCCCUCUCCAUCCUCCUCAUCCUCCUCUUCCACCUCCUCCGCCUCGUCCUCCUCCUCUGGCUCCUCCUCUUCCUCCUCAGAAGAUGAGGACGACGAGGACGACGAGGAGACGACGGGGGGGACAGUGGAGCCGUGUGCGGCGCCGCGCUGCCGGCUGCCCCAGCAGGACACGGUGCAGUGGAUCCAGUGUGACGUGUGCGACGCCUGGUUCCACAUAGACUGUCUGCACGUCGACCGCAAGAAGCUGCUGGUGGACCCGAACGCCGACUUCCACUGCGGCUGUCGCUGACUGGACAGAGUCUGUGACCAUGAAAUGAAAUCAAUGCUCCAGUUUAGACUUUAUAAGUUUCCACAUAUCCCCUUAAAUGUUUAUUUCCUUCAAACUCACA